AUGCGAGAAAAAUCUACCGAAGAGCAAUUUCAUUUCGAUCCCGAAAUUGAAAGAACAUUCCGAAAGCUCAAUAGCAAGACACGAAGAAGAAGGAAGUUAGCCCAAGAGAAGCGACAAAGAGAAGAGGCAUCUACUUCUUCUAACAAUCAAAUUGAAGAGGUAGUUGUAGACACUUUUGAAGGAGACAUGGCGGGUGUUGUUCCAACCGAAAUGUCCGCCAAUAGUCCAAGACGCACCGCCCAAUUUGCACGCAAUGCUCAAGGUGGAGCAAAUACGGAGAUGAAGACCGGAAUCCUCCAACUUGUUUAUGCAAAUCCAUUCACCGGAAUGGAUCAUGAGGAUCCUUUCGCACAUCUCACCAAAUUUUAUGAGAUUGCGGGUUCAACGGGAGUUGAUGCGGCGAAUGAAGAAUCAUUGUUCAAGAGGCUAUUUCCACAUUCAUUAAUUGGGAAAGCUAAAGAAUGGUAUCUUGAUCAAUUACCAAAUGUGAUGACGGAUUGGAAUCUAUUGGAAGAAAAGUUUUUAGAACGAUAUUUUCCUCAAUCCCGACUCAUGGAGGCCAAAACGGCAAUCGCGGUGUUCAACCAAGGAAGCAACGAAUCUCUUAAUGAAGCUUGGGAAAGAUUCAAAUCCAUGCUUAGAAAAUGCAAGGGUCAUGGUUAUCAAAGGCAACCUCCACCUCACAACAAUCCUUACCAAAGAAACAACCAAGGAUUCCAACCUUCAAGAUUCGGCAAUCAACACUAUCAACAUCAAAGUCCUUAUCAAAGUUCAAAUCCACAAGGCCAAGGUCAACAAUCUCAAAGUGGAAGCUCAAAGUUGGAAGACACUCUUACACAAUUCAUGCAAGCAUCCAUGGCUAAUCAAAGGAGUAAUGAAGCAGCCAUAAAGAAUUUAGAAAAUCAAGUGGGCCAACUUGCAAAGCAAUUGUCCGAGCAACAACCGGGAGCAUAUUUUUCCGCCAACACCCAAACCAACCCAAAGGAGCAUUGCAAAACCAUUGUUACAAGAAGUGGGAAAGAGGUGAAUAGUGGUGUAAAUGAAGAGUUUAUAGUGGAAGAUGAGGAGGAAGUAAUAGUUGAAGAUGAAGAGGAAGAAGUGAUAGUUGAAAAUGAGGGAGAAAAGAGUGAGGAGAAAAUGGAGGAAGAAUUAGUUGAAAAAGAGCGGAAAGAAAAAGAAGAAAGAGAGAAGAAUGACAAAAAGGUGAAGAGGAAUAAAAAGAGAAAUGAGAACCAAAUGCUCACAAAGAAAAAUAAGUACACGGAUGAAGAGACAGUUGUGCUUGAUGCUCAUUGUAGUGCAAUUAUUCAAAAAACUCCCCCAAGAAAGGAAGCCGAUCCGGGACGAGUCAUUUUACCGAUCACCAUUGGAGGUAACUACAUUAGUAAUGGUUUGGUUGAUUUGGGGUCUAGCAUCAAUUUAAUACCUUUAUCCGUUGUCAAGAGAUUGGGGAACAUUGAGAUGAAACACACCAGGAUAACUUUGCAACUAGCCGAUAAGUCUAUCAUUUCACCAUAUGGAGUUGUACAAGACAUGCUAGUAAAGGUUGACAAAUUUUUGUUCCCGGUUGAUUUUGUGGUAGUCGACAUGGAGGAGGAUUGUGAUGUGCCAUUAAUACUUGGAAGACCAUUCAUGAAGACCACCCGAAUGAUGAUUGAUAUCGAUGAUGGGAUUAUGAAAGUAAGGGUGCAAGAUAAAGAGGUAAUUUUUACUCUUUUUGAGUCUACGAAGCCUCCUAAGGAUGAACAUGACAACUUUCGAAUCGAUGAUGAAAAAGGAGAAAUCAUUGAGGUGGCGAAUCAAUUUCACAAGGACAAGGAGAAGGCAAAUCAUGAGGGAAAGACUCAUCACAAAAACUUUGAAGUUGGACAAAUGGUGCUAGUGUGCAAUGCAAGACUCAAGGUGUUUCCUAGUAAAUUAAAGUCAAAGUGGUUGGGGCCAUUUGUUGUGAAAGAGGUGCAAAAUUAUGGAUCCAUUGUGGUGGGGGACCCUAAAACACAAGAAAGCUGGACUGUUAAGGAACAAAGACUCAAAGUCUACCACGAUGGAUAA